CCUCAUUUAGUUGUUAACCGCCUCGGAAGAUCAAAAUGGCGUCCGCUUGUUAUUUAAUUAUUAUUCUUGUGUUAUCUGUGGCUAGCGGCUAUGUCACGACUGAAAAUAGCGCAAAAGAAAUCGAAACUAUACUAAUUCCAAGCAAGGGAUUAGAUGUUGACGAAAAUAUGAACAACUGCGAUCCAGCCACAUGCUAUCAACUAUGCCAAAGAAUGGGAUAUUACGGUGGUACCUGCAUUGGACAACGAUGUAUUUGCGAUGGUCUCAUCAAUGUAGAAGAAGAGACUGUCAGUCCAUUACGGGAUUGUAAUUACAAUGAGUGUGACCAAAGAUGUCGUCGACUGGGCUUCCCUGGCGGAGCUUGUGUAGGAGACAAAUGUAAAUGUGACAACUUCCUCGAUAUGGAAUCAAACAAUGUACAAGAAGAGACUGUCAGUCCAUUGCAGGACUGUAAUUACAAUGAGUGUGACCAAAGAUGUCGCCGCCUGGGCUUUCCUGGCGGGGCUUGUGUAGGAGACAAAUGUAAAUGUGACAACUUUCUUGGCCUGAAAUUAAAUGACGUACAAGAAGAGACUGUCAGUUCAUUGCAGGAUUGUAAUUACAAUGAGUGUGACCAAAGAUGUCGUCGACUGGGCUUUCCUGGCGGGGCUUGUGUAGGAGAUAAAUGUAAAUGUGACAACUUUCUUGGCCUGAAUAAUGACGUACAAGAAGAGACUGUCAGUUCAUUACAGGAUUGUAAUUACAAUGAGUGUGACCAAAGAUGUCGUCGACUGGGCUUUCCUGGCGGGGCUUGUGUAGGAGAUAAAUGUAAAUGUGACAACUUUCUUGGCCUGAAAUUAAAUGACGUACAAGAAGAGACUGUCAGUUCAUUACAGGAUUGUAAUUACAAUGAGUGUGACCAAAGAUGUCGCCGCCUGGGCUUUCCUGGUGGUGCUUGUGUAGGAGACAAAUGUAAAUGUGACAACUUUCUUGGCCUGAAAUCAAGUAACGUAGAAGAAGAGACUAUCAGUUCAUUGCGGGAUUGUAAUUACAAGGAGUGUGACCAAAGAUGUCGUCGACUGGGCUUUCCUGGAGGUGCUUGUGUAGGAGACAAAUGCAAAUGCGACAACUUUCUCGAUAUGGAAUCAAACAAUGUACAAGAAGAGACUGUCAGUUCAUUACGGGAUUGUAAUUACAAUGAGUGUGACCAAAUAUGUCGUCGACUGGGCUUCCCUGGCGGUGCUUGUGUAGGAGACAAAUGUAAAUGCGACAACUUCCUUAGCCUGAAAUCAAAUAACGAUGGUGAUGCAAAGAUGCUAAGUCGACGGUGUAAAUUGGAUUGUACACUGUAUUGCCACACUAAAGGGUACAGUAGUGGCACUUGUACAGAUAAUGGAAGGUGUAGAUGUAAUAAUUUUGCAAGCGGCAUAUAGUAUAGUUAAUAAUUAGUUUAUUGAAUAUAAAAAAUCUUAUAAUUAUAUUUAGAAUACUACCUAUGAUUUCAUUAAAUUAAAACUAUCAUUACGGGGAAGUGUACCAAGAAUACUGGCAGCAUUUCCGCGUUGCAUAGCUAGGCUGACCCGUUAGCCGAAAUAGCUACUAGCGCUUGGGUUGCCAGUAGCCUUUUUGAGGCGAGAAGAUAGUACUUUGUACAUUCUCCGCUCCUCUAGGACCCACGGGCCAAGUGUUUCGACACCAAACGGCACAAAGAUGUAAGACUCACUGUAUAGUUAAUUGUAUGUAAUAAAAUCAUUUCUUACAAAUUUCAA